CAAGGAAGCAGUUUGCGUGCUGUGUUCACGUUGCCUCAAAAGGGAACGGAGAAGUACGUCACACCCGGUACGGCGUAUUCGAGCUACAGCGUAACUUUGCAACCGGAAAAAGGCUUACAGUUCAAUUUGUAAAAACUCAGUUGCUAGCUGGAUGGGAGAGAAGAAAGUCUGCUCGAGACAAACAUGAACAAGCUGAAGUCCUUCCAGAAGGACAAAGUUCGUCAGUUUAUCAUUUUUACACAAUCCAAUGAGAAGACUGCGGUGGCCUGCUUGACUCAGAAUGACUGGAAGCUAGACGUUGCCACGGACAAGUUUUUCCAGAACCCAGAGCUCUACGUUUCAAAUACUAAGGGGAGCUUGGACAAGAAGAGGCUGGAGCAGCUGUUCAGCAGAUACAGAGACCCUCACGAUCACAACAAAAUAGGCGUUGAUGGGAUCCAGCUGUUCUGCGAUGACCUGGGUCUGAAUCCGGCCAGUAUCAGUGUCCUCCUCAUAGCGUGGAAGUUCAGAGCAGCAACACAGUGCGAAUUUUCCAGACAGGAGUUCAUGGAUGGCAUGACCGAACUGGGGUGUGACAGCACAGAGAAGCUGAAAUCUCAGCUGCCAAAGAUGGAGCAGGAGUUAAAGGACCAGGGCAAAUUUAAAGGCUUUUACCAGUUUACAUUUGAUUUUGCCAAGAAUCCUGGUCAGAAGGGAUUAGAUCUAGAUAUGGCGAUUGCAUACUGGAAUUUAGUCCUGACUGGGAGAUUCAAGUUCUUGGAUUUGUGGAACCAGUUCUUACUUGAGCACCACAAGAAAUCUAUUCCUAAGGACACUUGGAAUCUCUUAUUAGACUUCAGCACAAUGAUCACAGAUGACAUGUCGAAUUAUGACGAAGAAGGAGCCUGGCCCGUCCUCAUAGAUGACUUUGUAGAAUUUGCACGGUCGCACAUCGGGACUAAAAGCUCCGCAGUUUGAGGUUCAACUGAUGGACGAGUUCACAGCUGGAUGGCUUGUUGAGCACGCCAAGCAGGGAUUAUGACGCCUUUCAAACACUCAGGACUAAAAUGUUUUUUUCACAUCAGAGACUUUAUAUAAGUGUGUUUGUAACCUGCAGAGGAAAAAAUAAAGGCCCACCUUUAUUGUUUGUGGUUGAUGAGUUUAAA